AUGUCAGGCGUGUCUCUUGCGGUGGGCCCAAGAACCGACAAGGACAGCACGUCGUCGUCGUCGUCGUCCGGUGAGAAAAAACCGUGGUCAGGGAUGACGGCAGCCGGAGGUGGCGGCUUGAUGGGAUCACUGAGGGUAAUAGAGUUACAGCUGGUUGCGUUCAUACUAGUCUUCUCAGCGAGCGGUCUCGUACCGAUACUCGACAUGCUCUUCCCAGCGUUUGCGUCUCUCUAUAUAAUAGCCCUCUCGCGUUUAGCUUUCCCUUCCCACGGCGUCACCACCACUUCCCCUGAAGUCUUCCACGGCAGCAAACUCUUCAGGAUUUACGUGGUUUCGGGGACAACGAUUGGUCUCUUCUUGCCUCUAGCUUACGUGUUAGGUGGUUUCGCAAGAGGAGACGAUCAUGCGGUAAGAUCAGCAACACCACACUUGUUUCUACUGUCGUGUCAGAUCCUGACAGAGAAUAUAAUAAGUGGGCUCUCUCUGUUCUCGCCGCCGGUAAGAGCUCUCGUGCCACUGCUCUACACAGUCUGGAGAAUCUUUGUCAUCAUUGAUUGGACUAAAGAUGUUUGGUUCAACAAAUCCUUACCGGUCAAUGCUACACCCAAUGUGUCUGCUUGGUUCUGGUUUGGAAGGUAUUUGGCAGUAGCAAAUUUUGCCUACUUUGGAGUGAAUCUACUCUGUUUCUUGAUCCCUAGGUUCCUACCUCGAGCAUUCCAACAGUACUUUAGAGAAAGAGACGAGGUAUUGGCGAAGAGCCAAGAGGACAAGCCGGUUCAUGUUCCUAGACCAAGACCUUCUGAAUCUGACCACAAAUCUGAUUGA